CCAGGCGGUGCUAAUUUCGCCUCUUCGCGCGUCGAGGGGCCUCUACACGUCGCCCUUCUCCUCAAACCGACAUGGGACCAGAAUCGACUCACUGCUAGCGCCGUUCAUGCGCUUCCUCAUAUGCUCGUCUCUUUCCUGUCGCAUUGCCAUGUAGUCCCAAGCGUUCGCCCAGCAUUCUGCUGCACCGCUGCUGACUUGCUUCCUCUCUGUCCUUCGUUCUGCAGCCGGGCUGCUGUUGCUAAUCCUUCGUUCUUUCCUUUACCUUCCCUUCUUUUACCUCUCUGGCAGCAGUCCUAGCAGGCUUGGGACUGUAGAGUGCUUUCGAUUGCGCAUCUUGACCGCCGGGCGAUCUUCAGAUGUUGUUUGUGGACGCCAUUGAGCGGCAGGAAGCUUGAGGGGCUUACCCCAUCCGACGCCCCAAUUACUUUGGACAAUAUGCCGGUGCCGAAGCCGCGAAGGGACGAUCGGGUGGAAUAUGUGGUUGUGCGAAGAACGAAUGUGGAUGGCGAGGAGGUGGCCGACUUCGACUCUGCGUCCGACCCGACGCCAACUGUGAAAGCACUCCUCGACCGUCCCGACCUGAGGAGGCAGCCUCAGUCUGCGCCUACAGACUCCGAAUUCGACGCCGAUGAUGACGAUGACGACGACGAUUAUCCGAGCCCGACAGAGGGACCGUCGCCGAUCCUCGUCACGAUAACGCAACAACCACAAGCACAGGCAACCGGCGGAGCAUUAGCAGACAAUGAUCCCACCGAGACUGUCGUUGUUUCCAUCUCGCCGCCACCAAGACCACCGCCACCACACCACAAAGGAGGAAUAUCACAGACCACGGAGCACUUGCUUAUUGCUGCUGGGUCAAUUGGUGCUACAAUCAUUGUCGUCAUGAUCAUUCUGGCUGUCUACACGAUGCGGAAGCGUGGCCUCACUCUAGCGGAAGCAGUCAAGCAUGGGAAGUAUCACGUCACGCGCCGAGGAGCACCUCCGCCACCUCCGAAGAAACUGCAGAGCAAUUGGGACCAAAAGCAGGACUACGUCGAUUCUGGUUACGGAUCCAUGAGAAACGACGCGGUUACUGCUCCACAGGCAGCUGCAUCGCUCGGUCGGUCUGGUUCAAACUCAUCCCAAAGGCCUUUGAUGGCCCUGGAACGCAGCGAUAGUUUCAAUCGGCCAUCGACUGCAACCAGCCAGGUCCCUCCCACGCAACCGAAGAGCUUCCUUCUUGAGUCACCACCGCCCCCGCGCCGCAACAACUCGCACCGCCGUGAUGAUAGCGCAACGCCUUCCUCUCCAGUUCUCCCGGUUCAAGAUGUGCGACGCAGCGCCUCCACACGCAACACCCGCUCGAUCGAAGACGACGCCUCCGAACUACGAUACCCAGACCCUCCACAGGAACGCGCACUAUCUCCUCUACCACCGCCUCCCACCUUCAAGCAGUUCCUCUUCAACCGCCCCUCCAUAUCAGGCAGACCCGGUUUUGGAGGAGGUAUGGUCAGCCGCUUCAGCUGGACGAACUCGAAUGCGCCUCAAACACCACAUGACCCGCAGCGAGACACCAACAGCCACCAGUUAGGCCGCGACAGCUUCAUGACACAGCGCUCAUCCGUUCCUCGAUUCCGGACUAUCGACUCAUGGGUAAAUCAGCAAACGAACCGCCUAGAAGAGCAGAAGCUCAAGGAGCAGUUCCGCCUCACGCAGACAUCAACUGUCUACUCUGGCGACGAUGACCGCGACGACAUUCCAACCGUCCCGGAGCUGCCGAAGAACAUGGAUGAACUGAGAGAAAUGUCGCCGCCUAACAGCGCGAAACUGGCACCGAAACCCCCAAUCACACCGCCAACUCCUCCCUCCGGUGGCCUCCCAGGCAAGAACAUAAAGCAUGAGCGGCACGACACCCGCACGACCGUCGAAACAGCGCCCAUCUUCCGUCAACACCCCGGCACCGAGGUGCGCUUCAGCCGACGAAGCGCCGUUCCCUCCGAGAUCCUUGACCGAGGUCGCAACCCUGACAUGCUCGCGUAACGGCCUGAUCUACUGGCAUCUAUCUUUCCUUUCCAUUCCUUUUCGUUACUAGUUGAUGUACUUUGCAGACUACCCCCAUCAGCGUUGAUUGCAUUUUGCGGGCGGAAAAGUCGGGCGCGACGAAUUGAGGGCGGGCAGACGGGCGAGCGGAGCAGACGGAAGAGAAGAGGAGGUGUGUAUGAGUGAGGUGCGU